AUUGGGCUCCCGUCCGUUUCCUGAUUCGAGUUUUGCGUUAGUUUGUGUUCCUUUCCCUUCCCUUUCUCUUCCUUUGCGAAGCCUAGGGUUUUGGUGCGAAUCGAAGCGCUUCCUCGCCAUUGGAGUUCCUCCGACGCUUCUGUGACCUACAGGCGCACGUUCUUCCUAAAUAUCGCUUCUGCGUCGCCGAAGAAUCGGCGGUGCGGUGUGAGUCUCACGCCGACGUCUCCAGACUACCUUGUUCCUCCAGAGGUUGAUUUGGCUAUGGAAACAGAUAUGGAUCGCGAUAAGGGCCCUCAGAAGAUGUCAAAUGGUGCACCCUUGGAGAAGGAAGCUGAUGACACACUCAUGGAGAAGCAAACUGAUACUCAAAUGGCUGUGACAAUGAUUGUUGACUCUGGAUCUGUUAAUCCAUCUUCAGAACACAAUUUGGCUGAGAAAUCAGACAAGGCUAAUGGUUUGUCCUUGGAGGAGAAACCUAACGGCACCCUCGUGGAUGACAAGAUUGAUGGUACCGUUUUAAAGAAUGAAACAUACGAGCAAUUCCAUGUGCUAUCCUCUGAUCACUCCACUACUAUCCAUCCAUCUGCGGAACAUAUUUUGGCCGAGAAUUCUGAGAAAGCUCAUGAUACCCUGUUAGAGAAGGAAAAUGAUGGCACACCUUUAGAGAAGGCAAUUGAUGAUACAUUCUUAGUCAAUCAAAAAGAUGGUGUUUCGUCUGAAUCUUUCCAGGCAUCUUUAGAGAACAAUUUGGUUACAGAAUCAGAUAAGAUUGGUGGCACACCAUUGGAGAUGCAAACUGGUUGUGCGCCGUUUGAGAUGAAAACUGAUCUAAUUCCCAUAAGAGGACAAACUGAUGAUGAUGCUACCAUGCCUGCUACAUCCAUGGAGAUUGAUUCAACUAAGAUAAGUGCUACAGAUCUCAAGGCUGUAGAAAUGAAAGAGGAUUUGGCAGAAUUGUCUCAAAAUAAUACAGGACCAAUAGAUAAUGAUAUGAAGGGGCCUUACCCCAAUGAUAAUGCUAGCAAAACACCAUUAAAGGAGGAAAUUAUGGGAGUAGAGGAUUCAAUGGCUAUAGAAGGUUCCAGUACCUCAUUAACCAUUGUACCCUACUUUGAUGGUGAUGAAUCUGGUUCUGAGGAAGAACAAGCUGCUUUUGUGAAGGAGUUGGAGGAUUUCUACCGGGAAAGGAACAUGGAAUAUAAACCACCAAAGUUUUAUGGCGAACUACUAAAUUGUCUCAAGUUAUGGAGAGCAGUUACUAGAUUGGGUGGUUAUGAUCAGGUGACAGCAUGUAAGCUUUGGCGUCAAGUUGGAGAGUCUUUUAAACCUCCCAAGACUUGUACAACCAUUUCUUGGUCAUUUCGAAAUUUUUAUGAGAAGGCGCUCCUUGAGUAUGAGAAGCACAAGAUCCAAACUGGUGAACUCAAAACUUCUAUGAUUAAUCUUUCCAGUUUUGUCAGCGAUGACAAUCAGGUGGGUGUAAACCAAGCAUCAGGUUCUGUUAGAGGUAAACGGGAUGCUGCAGCACGAGCAAUGCAGGUAUGGCAUACUGAGCGGCUACUUGAUACUGGGGAGGCUGGGGAUCCAAUGGCUAAGGACAAGAAUUUUACUCCGUUUUCUGCAAAGGAUAAACAAGGCAAAUUGAAGAAGAGAAAGCCUUCUUCUAGUCUAGAACAGAUUGGAAGAGUUGCAAAGACAGAUCCUGUUAAGGCACAAGGAGAUGUAGUGGUUGCUGAUGUAGGUGCUCCUGCUGACUGGGUGAAGAUAAAUGUACGAAGAAAUAACGAGUUCUUUGAAGUCUACGCGCUAGUUCCUGGACUUUUGCGUGAAGAGGUUCAAGUUCAGUCGGAUCCUGCAGGUCGUUUGAUUAUAUCCGGUGAGCCAGAGCAUCCUGAUAAUCCCUGGGGUGUGACCCCUUUUAAAAAGGUAAUAACACUGCCUACUCGGAUCGACCCAUAUCAAACAUCUGCUGUAGUCACCUUGCACGGCCAGCUAUUUGUUCGUGCGCCCAUCGACCUCUCAGAUGCUUGAAGCUCAAGAUAUCGCCGUCCUCUCAGAUCACCUCUUCAUGUAACUGUCUAAUAUAUGAAAGAAACUGGGCUGCUUACUACAGGUUUCACAUUUGUUUAUAUUCUCCGGUCAUCUAAAUCAGUCUAAUGAUGAGAAAUCUUCGGCUAUCCGAACUGGUGUCGUCGCUCGGAAAGGGUUGUCUUUGGAGUUUCUCGAGCUCCAGUUUGGUUCAUAGGCUGCAGGUGAAGAGUGAAGAUUUUGCCUUUGUGUCACUCCUCUAACGUAGAUGUAGUAAUGUAGUUAUGAUUAUCAUUGCGUUGCUGUAUUCAUCAUCAGAUGUCCUAUUUGUGAUUGUCAUUGUAGAAGAUUAUUAGAGGCUCUUGAGUCAGCUCUAUUUCUCUCAUGUUCUUCCUAGUUUGUGUUAAUCUAAUGGAUUGGCUGAUUCUGUUGCA